AGUCAAAAAUGAAGGUGUCUGUUAGAGUUAGAGGAGAAUGGUUUGCUGUGCCUUGCAUGAAGGCCAACACUACAAUAGGGUGGAUAGGUGACGAGGCAUUGAGACGGUAUCAGAAAUUGAAACCAAUAGGUUCCCAUGUCUCAGGAAGAGAGGAAAGAAUCUACCAGAUUCGAAAAACAAAAGGUGGGGCCAUACUGGAUCCCGAAGAUGAAGUCAGAGUAGUUCUUGACGAUAACGAUUUCCUUUCUGUUGUUUUGGAGACAGAUAAGGCAAAUCCUGUAACUGGGCCUGCUGAAAUUCACUAUGUACCCGAACAAGUUCCUGGAAAAUUCAAGAUUCCAUCUGAAUACCUAGUAUUGGAUGGAUACAACCUGACUCCAGAAGACCUCUUAAAACUUGGGAAAGGAAUGUUUAAAAUCAAGUUGAGCCUUGAUUCUCAAGCAAGGGUCAAGCAAUCUCGAGAUUUGCUGGAGACUAUAUUGAAAGAAAACAAAGUUGCGUAUGGUGUCAACACCGGCUUUGGAAAAUUUGCUAACACAGUCAUCGGAGACGAUAAAAUUUUAGAACUACAGGUGAACCUAAUACGAUCUCAUGCAGCUGGCGUCGGUCAACCACUGACACCCGAAAAGACCCGGAUGUUGAUGGCGCUUCGAAUCAAUGUACUGGCCAAAGGUUACAGUGGCAUUUCUUUAGAGACUUUGAAACACGUUGUACAUGCUUUCAAUGCUUCUUGCCUCUCGUGGGUUCCAGAGAAAGGAACGGUGGGGGCUAGCGGUGACCUGGCUCCAUUGGCCCACUUGGCGUUGGGAUUGAUUGGAGAAGGGAAAAUGUGGAGUCCAGAAUCCGGCUGGGCAGAAGCAAAAUACGUUCUUGAAAGUCAUAAGUUAACCCCCGUCACUCUUGGUGCAAAGGAGGGGAUAGCUCUCCUCAACGGAACGCAGCUGAUUACAUCUAUAGGAGCAGAAGCCCUAAGUAGAGCUGAAAUUAUUGCAAGACAAGCUGAUGUUGUUGCAGCUCUUUCUCUAGAAGUAUUAAAGGGAACUACAAGAGCAUUCGAUGGAGACAUCCAGAAGGUUCGUCCCCACAGAGGACAGAGUCAAGUAGCUAAAAGACUUCGAGCUUUGCUUCAUUCUGAUACUCAUCCGUCAGAGAUGGCAGAGAGCCAUCGGUUUUGCCACCGCGUGCAAGAUGCUUACACUUUGAGAUGUUGCCCUCAAGUCCACGGCAUAGUGCACGACACCAUCGAGUUUGUGCGAGACAUUAUUGCGACAGAAAUGAACAGCGCAACAGACAAUCCUCUGGUAUUUGUUGAAAGAGAGGAAAUUAUUUCUGGAGGAAAUUUUCACGGUGAAUAUCCAGCAAAAGCUCUAGACUACCUUGCUAUUGGAGUACAUGAACUAGGAAGUAUGAGUGAAAGAAGAACAGAAAGAUUAAUAAAUCCUGCUUUGAGUGAACUUCCAGCAUUUUUAGUGAAGGAUGGUGGACUUAAUUCUGGUUUCAUGAUGGCUCAUUGCACAGCAGCUGCUUUAGUAUCUGAAAACAAAGUGCUCUGUCAUCCAGCAUCAGUCGAUUCUCUUCCAACAAGCGCAGGUACAGAGGACCACGUGUCUAUGGGUGGAUUUGCUGCUCGAAAAGCCCUUACCGUUGUCGAGAAUGUCGAAAGAGUGAUUGCCAUUGAACUGCUCGCAGCUUGUCAAGCCAUAGAGUUCUUGAGACCACUGAAGACUACGGCACCUCUGGAAGCAGUUUAUAGUUUAGUUAGAUCUGUCGUCAAAGCUUUGGACAAAGACCGGUUCAUGGCUCCUGAUAUCGAUAUGGUGACAGAUAUCCUUCGCGAAGAAAAGGUCUGGUUUGCUGUUAAGCCUCACAUGGAUCGUUACUUCAUGGAACAAGGCGUCGAAACGAGACCUUCCUCGCCUACCACCAGCAGCGCCCACCAUUUCAAGAAGCGACGCCAUUCCAGCGCCAAUUCCAACGGGUUCGUCCAUGAAAACUUUAUCAUCAACACCAUCAACGGCAACGAAAGCGAUGAAGAACUCCCACUCAAAAUACCGACGAAAGGACUACGUCCAUUAUACUUGCUUGAAGAGUGAUGAUUUCCUAGAAGAAGUUAGAAGUGGGUGGAAUUUCAGUUGGGUAUCAAUGUGGGUUGAUAACUGCGAAUAAGGGAGACGAGUUCGAAUUUUCAUUCUGCCUUUAACUACAAUUGAGGCAUAUGCAAAUAUGGGGCUGAGGUUAUGUUUCAAAGUUUUAAGGAUCCAUGUUAUUUUUCCUUCCUGUAAGUUGCAAAUAAUAUCAAUCAUAUUUUUUGAACAUAGCACCUAAUAAGAAAUUCAAGUAACAGCAUCAAAGAAGUUCUUAAAAUAGGUUUAAUAUUCAAAAGCAAGGAAAUAAGUGUUGCAAAAGCAAUGCUUUUGUUGAAUAAGCAUAUUAUUUAGAUUUUCGCAGUUGAUGCGAGAAUGAGUACCGGUAAUUUAUUAAUCUGAAAGAUAUGAAUCUUUCAUUUGUACUUAGGCCAAGGAAUUACAACUUGAUGUUGUUACAUAUAUUAUACAAAUAAAAUGCAAUGAAACCUUGUUAAAAAUCUGCUACGGGAGGGGGGGGGGGAGUAUUUUUAACCGACAAAAAAUUGUUAAUUAUAUAUAAAUUUCCUAUAACUUCACCUCCAAAAAACUAAUAUUCGUAUGACACCACAUAAGCUUCGGAAAACUGUUUUUCUACCAAAAUAUGAAAUUCAGAAAAUUACAGUUUAUUAAAACAUGUUUGCUACGUAAUAAAAAAAAAUGAAACAUGCGUUUUUUUUCCCCCACAAGAAAACAUGGAAAAUAUUAUUUCAUUCAUGCUAGCUGUUUAAUUUUUGAUUGAUGACCAAAGGUAUUAAGAUAAACGGGCGAAGAAAGCAAGUUAAAAUAAUUAGGAGCCUCUGAAAUGGGGAAGAGAUGGUGCCAUGGGAGUAUUCAGUCUUGGAAGAGAACAUGGAUGAGGUUAAAAAUGUAACAGAACUCUUUUAAUGGUGAGAUUCUUUUCGUUCCAAAGGAGGAAUGUAGGGAAAGAUAAUUGUUAUAAAAAUAUUAUGGUUUGCCGUUCGCCUUAUGAUAUUCAAACUAAUUAUUUUUUCGGUUCAACUUGAAAAGGUGAAAUUUUUUAUUUAUUAAACUUUGUGCAUUUUACGUUGAUGUUAUUCAUAAUUUUGCACUGACGUGUAUUUUGCUUAUGUUUGUAAAAUUUUUGAUUUCUUGUUAUUGUGUCGAAAUCCACUCACUGUAAAUAUUCAUGCUGAAAUGUAAUGUACUUUUUAAUA